UUGUGUCUCUGUAUGUGUGGCUUUACCUUUUGUACCUAAAACCUAUCACUCACACACAAACACGCUCUCUCUCUCUCUCUCUCUCUCUAUAUAUAUCGCUCGCUCGCUGCUAGCUGUUCUCCUCUCUCUCUGUUCUUCUUCGUCUUCUUCUCUUUUAUUUUUCUCGCAGAAGCAGCCACUGAUAGAUAAAAAAAAAAAGGGAAAGGAAUGGCGGGAGGUGGAGCUCCAGCACCGAAAGCAGACGAACCUCAACCUCAUCCUCCUAAAGAUCAGCUUCCUAACAUCUCUUACUGCAUCACCAGUCCCCCUCCUUGGCCUGAAGCGAUUCUUCUUGGCUUUCAACAUUACCUUGUCAUGCUCGGCACUACUGUUCUCAUUCCCACUGCUCUUGUUCCCCAGAUGGGAGGUGGUUAUGAAGAGAAGGCAAAGGUGGUCCAGACUAUUCUCUUCGUUGCCGGCAUCAACACCUUGCUCCAAUCUCUUUUCGGCACCAGGCUCCCUGCUGUUAUCGGAGCUUCUUACACUUUUGUGCCUACCACCAUUUCCAUCAUCCUCUCUGGCAGAUUCAGUGAUACCUCUAACCCUAUUGAUCGCUUUGAGAGGAUUAUGCGAGCAACCCAAGGCGCCUUGAUUGUUGCUUCAACCCUACAGAUGAUUCUCGGUUUCAGUGGCCUCUGGCGUAAUGUUGUCAGGUUCUUAAGUCCUAUUUCAGCUGUUCCACUGGUGGGUCUCGUUGGGUUUGGGCUAUACGAGUUUGGUUUCCCAGGGGUUGCUAAAUGCAUAGAGAUUGGACUCCCUGAGCUUCUUAUCCUAGUAUUUGUCUCACAGUAUCUGCCUCAUGUGAUCAAAUCAGGGAAAAAUGUGUUUGACCGCUUUGCUGUAAUAUUCGCGGUGGUGAUUGUAUGGAUCUAUGCUCACCUUCUCACAGUUGGUGGGGCAUACAAUGGUGCUGCACCCACUACACAAACAAGUUGCCGGACUGAUCGUGCUGGCAUCGUAGGUGCUGCCCCGUGGAUAAGAGUUCCAUGGCCUUUCCAGUGGGGUGCUCCUUCGUUUGAUGCUGGAGAAGCUUUUGCAAUGAUGAUGGCUUCUUUUGUUGCUCUUGUUGAGUCAACCGGUGGUUUCAUCGCUGUCUCAAGAUAUGCAAGUGCAACGAUGUUGCCACCUUCUAUUCUCAGCCGUGGUGUUGGCUGGCAGGGAGUCGCAAUUCUGAUAUCAGGGUUGUUUGGUACUGGUGCUGGGUCCUCUGUCUCUAUAGAAAAUGCUGGACUAUUAGCCUUGACAAGAGUUGGUAGUAGAAGAGUUGUCCAGAUAGCUGCAGGCUUCAUGAUCUUCUUCUCUGUUCUCGGAAAAUUCGGAGCUGUGUUUGCGUCAAUCCCUGCACCCAUCAUUGCUGCUUUAUACUGUCUCUUCUUUGCCUACGUUGGAGCUGGAGGAUUGAGUUUUCUUCAGUUCUGCAACUUAAACAGCUUCAGGACUAAGUUCAUCUUAGGCUUCUCUGUCUUUCUUGGCUUGUCAAUCCCUCAGUACUUCAAUGAGUACACUGCGAUCAAAGGCUAUGGUCCGGUCCACACAGGCGGUCGUUGGUUCAACGAUAUGGUAAAUGUCCCGUUCUCAUCAGAACCUUUUGUUGCUGGCAUGGUGGCCUUCUUCUUGGACAACACACUGCACAAGAAAGAUUCAUCGAUAAGGAAAGACAGAGGAAAGCAUUGGUGGGACAAGUUUAGAUCUUUCAAAGGUGAUACAAGAAGUGAAGAGUUCUACUCUCUUCCUUUCAACCUCAACAAGUAUUUCCCUUCUGUCUAGAAGAGAAGAGAAGAAAGAGAAGAAGAAGCAAAGAGUUUACCGGGAAAAGAAAAACAAAGAAAAUGGUGAAAAGUGAAAACUCAAGAGUUUCUCAUUGUUGGCUCGAGUUUCUUGACGACCUCUGUGUCUUGGUUCUUUUGUUCUGUUCUGUUCCGUUCACAACUUCGGAAACCUUUUUAAAUAUCUUUCACAUUUUAUAUAGUCUUCUUGUUUACGAUCAUGAAUCUAAGAAUCUUCAGUUGUAUUGUUGCUUACUAUCUCUCCCUAAUGCAUUUGUCUUUGUAAAUCUGAGGGUACACGACUUUGUUAUUUUGAUUAGUUUCUAAAUAAGUAUUUAGUUUGAUU